AUGCCACGCCGCGACGACAGUCUCUUCGGAUUCUGUAACUGGUGCCCUGUCCCAUGGGGUGUCGGUAAUAGUCGAGUGCUUAUGCACAAGGCGGAGAAUGAUUCAUUGAUCACGAAUAAGCCGGAGCGUUUUCUUGAGCCUGUCUCGAAAGGGGCAUGGUGGGGUGGAAAGGGCUUGACUGUGUUGGUCGUACAUCACGCUGCUCGGCGAUUUGUCGUAGUCUCUAGUGGAAUUGAUUAA